UACGGAUUUGGUGAGGCCACUUCUGGUGCCUAUCCAUUGGUCAGCGGAGUCGGAGUGGCUCGUGUAUUCGUUGGCAAUAUGAACACCAAUGUGAUUACUCGAGAUGAUAUGAUUCGGCUGUUCAGCGCCUAUGGCACACUUUUGGGUGUUACCGUUUUCAAAGGAUAUGCAUUCAUUCAGUAUGGUACUUCAGCGGAAGCCGAUCUUGCAGUAAGCUCACUGAACGGAUACAGCUGGAACGGUUCCAUUCUUGGUAAGUGA